CAUCCCUCAGCCCCAUUCUACCCUGAGAUGCGUUGCCAAGGUUACACCUCUAGCUGCCACCUGAAGCGAAGCAUCGCACCAUGCGUCUCGCGAGAGACAAUACCUCACACAUCAACACCUAUUGAAAACCACAAAAGAGGGAUCUCACGAAACAAAAAUAUAGGCUACUCGGUAAGAGAGAGACAGAGCAUAUUGAGACACGAGCGCGCUCACGCACGCACGCACGCACGCACUCAGACCCUUCUCAUUACUGUGAUUGUCAGUUUAGGGAGGCGGGCUCUUAUGGAGGACCGCUCUUCGGCUCUGCAGCGUCUCCCGCUGCCUGCUCUUCCUCCGCGCGCGUCUCCGAGAGCGCUGUGAUGUGAAUAUUAAUGAUGCUGCGCGAAUCUCCGCGCUCAUUUCAACAGCUUUCACCCAUCUGAGAGACACACAUGGAGGGCUAUUUAUUCAAUACUGCUCAGUGAUUCCUGUUGGUUGACUUGGCACGCAGUGUCCUCUGCUUGUAUCACCAUCUGUAGCACUCCGUACAGAGCUGCAUGAUUUGUUUUAGGUCCUGAGAGAGGCGUUUGUCACUGUCAUGUGAGCCUCACUUUGCUUUUUUAUACACUGUUUAAAGACAGGACAUUUUAAGACAGUAUGGCAGAAGCCCCUGUUGGAGAGGACGCACACAAAGAGCAGGAGGGUGCCACCCCACUUACAGAUGAUCCCCUGCCAGAGGUUGGGAUCGCUCUAUGGAAAAGAAUAUUGAAAGCAAGUGUUACAGCUGGUGCUUUCCUCCUGCUGUACACACUGUCUCAACUCACAGGUUUGUGGGUCCUUUACAUGCUGAAUGGAUACCAGGCUUUUCCAGCAGCACAUAAAGUUUUGGAUCUCCUUCAGUACCUUCUCUCCACCAGUGAUGCCUACGAUCAACAGAUGGAGAUGUGGAGGGUGGAUAGCUUGUUGCCCCUCAUAGCCACACUCUUCUUAGGUGUAGUCAUCCUUGGUACUGGAACACUGUUCUGCAUUAAAACCCUGGUGCCUGGCAACCCGUCUUGCUUCCCUGACGACCGUCGUCAGUCCAUGAGCAGGCAGCCCUCCUUUACAUAUUCAGAAUGGACAGAUGCUAAGCAGGAUUUCUACGAGCUGGAUGCUGUUCCGGAGACCCCCGUGUUUGACUGCUUUAUGGACAUGAAGACCGAGGCUGACCCUGUCACUCUCUCUGUCAAACCUGUGGGCUUGCAGGAAAGGAGAGGUUCUAACGUGUCACUGACGUUGGACAUGUGCACCCCUGGUACUACAGAGCCCUAUGGAGCGCUGCUGUCCCCUAGAGAGCAGAGCGCACAGGAGUACCUGCAGAACGCAUCCAACCUGCUCACCCCCGAGCAGCUGCACAAGCGCGCACUGGACGACGCUACACUGCAGGCCGAGUUCUAUGAAACACCCAUGAACUUUGUGGACCCAAAAGAAUAUAAUUUUCCUGGCGUGGUGAGGAAGAAUCGCUACAAAACCAUACUACCAAACACACACAGCAGAGUUUGCUUGCAAGCAAAAGAGGAAGGUGAUUUUCUCAGCACCUACAUCAACGCUAAUUAUUUGAAGGGCUAUGGAGGGAAAGAAAAGGCAUACAUCGCUACACAGGGUCCAACUGUAAACACAGUGGGGGAUUUCUGGAAGAUGGUUUGGCAGGAGCGCUGUCCCAUUAUUGUCAUGAUCACCAACAUUGAAGAAAAAAAUGAGAAAUGCACAGAAUACUGGCCAGAGGACAGUGUCAUCUGUGAAGGUAUCGAGAUCACUGUCAAACAGGUCAUCCAGGCAGAUGACUACAGUCUGAGGAUUUUCACUGUGAAGAGUGAGGGUGAGGAGCGCACUCUCAGACAGUACUGGUACACAUCCUGGCCAGAUCAGAAAACUCCAGACAAGGCCCCGCCUCUUUUGGACUUGGUUAAGGAAGUGGAAGAAGCGAGGAAACAGGCUCCGCCCAACAGUGGCCCUGUCAUUGUCCACUGCAGUGCAGGGAUUGGACGCACUGGCUGUUUCAUCGCUACCUCCAUCUUGUGCCAGCAGCUAAGCAAUGAAGGGGUGGUUGACAUCCUGAAGACCACUAGCCAGCUACGCUUAGACAGAGGCGGCAUGAUCCAGACAGCGGAGCAGUAUCAGUUUGUUCAUCAUGUACUCAGCCUGUAUGAAAGACUGCUUCAGAAGACCUCAGAAGAGUAAAGCCUCCAUGAGCGCACAACCUUCACAUCCCUCCUCACAGAGCAGUUGACCUUCACCCGAACACAUGGGGCUGGGACUGACCCUCAGUACCUAAAGUCUCAUGUCUUCAAACACACCAGAUGUUUAGGUUGAAUGCUAUUGUAGGAGCAGACCCAACAUUAGAUUUUAGGCCAAUCUCCAAUACAUAAAUCCCACAUUGGUACACCAAUCAGUUAUUAAAUAUACUUUUUCUUUAUUCUUUGCCAUAACAGUAACACAACAGACAUAUACAGUAGCAGUAAGUUCUAUCAUACACAAGUACUGCCCACAUAAUAACACUCAGCAGACCAUCAGUGCUUAAACAUGACAAUGUUUGGAUGCGUGCAUACUUCAUAUGCAGUGGUACUAUGAACACAAUAACAAGCAGACACCAAGGCCUCCAUUAAUGAUGUAAAUUUAACAUUAGGUUUAGGGAACUCUUCAAUUUCUGAGCCUACAAAUACAGCAAUCUUGCUUUUAAUGCUAAGACAUUUUUACAGGAUUUAUAACUCGGUGUUAAGAUAAGAUUUGUUGUAAAGUGUGAGUGUACAUUUGUGUGUGUGUGAGAUAGUGUCGCAGGAACAGAAGGAGAGAAAGAGGUUAUGUUUACUAUGUGUUCGAUGAAUUUCAGACUUUAACUCCGAAUGUUUGGUCGGUCGGUCUCUAGAAGAGGUUAGCCUACCACAUUUAAUACAAAAUGGCCUUAAUAUGUGUCUUUCUGUUCGUACUGGGGUCUGUAUGGUUGUGUGUCAAUGUUGUCGGGCAGAGCUAAAGGCAGUCAUUGUCUCAUCUGGUAAGACUGAGAGAGAGACAGAGACUGAUCUCCGUACAGAAUGAUGUACAUUUCCCCUCAGCAUACCUUUGCCUUCUCGGUUUGUGUGUUGUCGGACACUAUAUCGUGUGAAACAUUUUAGUUGGACUCUAAAAAGCAUUGAUGCUGCACCUCAAGGUUUUAUGUAUCAAAAUGCCGAAACACUGUAUCCAACUAAUGUUAAAUUUGAAAAUCACAGCUUGUAUCAAUAGCUGAAAUAAUGACAAUGGGACAUAUAUAGUCGUGAUGUUUUUUUGUUGUUGACAAUUUCGAUUUAUUUUAUGAGCUUGUUUUACUCUGGUUACAUUUAACAUUGUUUAUAUGUGGGUCUACGUAUCUGAUUAGUUAAGAUGUAUAAUCAGUAUUUGCCCGAGUCGGCAGCUCGUACAGCUUUGCUGAGACUUGCAGUUUGCAUGAGCAAGUACUUUUUGAACUUCUUUUUAAUUAUGAGCAAGGAAAUGUUUCAAUUGCUAGCAGACAUCUGUGUGUGAUUAUGUGCAAAUGCUACUGAUGCUGUUGGAAAUAAGCAUCUUCAAUCGACUGUCCCACAUGAUCCAGCUGGAAGUACCAAUGCAAGUUCUUCUUAGAAUUUCUUUAGACAGCACUGCUACCACCCUUAUCGUCUCCAGUUGUUCUUGAGCUAGUCAUAUGUCCUCAAAUUGAUGUUUCCUUCCAGGCAGCUCUGAGCUGAAAUUAGGAAGUUUACAGAAGCUUGAAAACACCUCCUUGUUACACAAGAGAUUGUACUUUUUUUGCAAGUGUUGUUAGUUCAAG